AUGCCUGCAAUGGGCAGCGUUAGCAGAGGUGUUGCUGCUGCAGGCUCAGAUGCCGUGACCUCGUAUAAGUUCGGUUUCCCACCCGGGUUCCCCCCGGGGCGGGGACUGCGGGCCGCCCAGGCCCCGCUCGCACCCAUCUUGCCCAGUGCCCGGGCGGCGGCGGGGACAGCGACGGCCGCGACCAGACAAUGUCCUGCAUUCACUGCGGCCUCGGCCAAUCACAGGCCGGCGCCUCCUGGCCCCGCGCGGCGCCACCGGCCACGCUCGGGCCGGAGGAAAACCUGGCCUCUGGGAGGCCAUCAGCGGCCAUCCUGGGGCCGGACGCCGUGCCCCGCCUGCGCCCCCGCCCGGAGCAGCGGGCCCGGGGCGGCGGACCCCGGGGCAGGGGUCGCGCUCGGAGCGCAGGACGCGCCGCCCCCUCCGGCUCGAAUGCGGCGCUGUCCCUUUAAGACGAGCCUCCUCCCGGGCCGAGGAGCGCUUAGGCGGCCCCGCCGCGGGGGGCAGCGACAUCCGGGCUACCGGGCUGGCGACGACGACGGCCCCUCGGGCAGCUCCCAGCCUCUGCGGGACGCCCGGCUUGCCGCGGCUGGGCGGUGGGCGGAGCUUGGACGCCAGGGCCGGCACGCGGGUCACGGACGCUUCGCCCUCGGGGCCGCGCUUAGCGCGCCCACGUCGGGCCCGCCCCACCUCCUGCGCGUGCACGGGGGGGCGGGGCGCCGAGAAGUCAGCCAAUCAGCGGCGGCCGACCUGGGACCGCCCCUGGAGUCCUCGCGGGGGGCGGUGCGGGAGGCAGAACUUCGUGGGGGGCGCGGUGCCGGGCCGCUGGCGGGCGAUCGGAGAGUGCGGACCGGCGGGGGAGCCGGACACCGAGCCUACCGGCUCCGACUCGGCAGCUCCGCGGAAGUGAAAGGGGGGGAGCGGCGGGGAGGGGCGCGAGCCGCGCGUGAGAACCGGCGCGGGCGGGAGGAGGGGGGCGGCGCCGGGAGCAGGUGGUGCAGCCGGAGGCGGGGGAAGAGAGGGGGCGGGGGAGGGGGCGGGGGCGGGGGCGAGCAGGCCUGUCCCGGAGAUAGAGAACUAGGGAUGGACGUGCCGAGUUAA